AUGCUGCCGAGCGGCACCGUGGGCGGCAGCGGGCUCGGCCAGCCAAGCCCAACCUCGGGGGCGCGCGUGGUCUCGAACGCCACCCUCUUCUCCGGCACCCACGCCGACCCGCACAACAUCUGGGGCGCCGCUCCCUCCUCGAUCCCCGUCUCGCCGCCGCACGAGCCGACGCCAGCGGCGGUCGCGGGCGACGAGCGGCGAAAGAACUAG